AUGACGGAGAAUGCUACCAAUUACAACAAGUCGAACAUAUUUCAAAGUGUGAGUUGGUUGGACUCGUCAAAGGAGCUCGUUUCCUUCAGCUGGCCGAACUCCUCGACUGGAUCUUCAACUGAACCUGGAGGUGCUGCGUUGGAUACAAAACUGCACAUAUUUGCCUUAUCCCUGCUACCAGCCGCAUUCCUUUCCAACUCUCCGUGUUUGGAGAUUCAAUAUGCUCGAUCAACACAAAAAUGGUUGGAGGGCUCGGAGAAAGUGCAGGUCGUCGAAGUCAUCAUCAACAACAAGGGCACCUCUUUCGUUCAUACUGAGCACCAGGUGAGUGUUGAAAUUCAGUCGCCUGGCCUUGAGACCAAAUCCGAGGCUACUAUAAGACGGUUGGGCCCUGGGGAUCAGGCUAUCAUUGAGAUUGGAGUGCAGCUCCGAGAUGGUGUCGAGUCGGGCGAGACAGGGCCGGCGACGGUGCUUGUCAAAGGCGUCGGUGUGCACUCCAGACCGUAUACUUUCAACUCAACUUACGGAAUCGUGCGCUUUGAGCCUACAUAUGAAUCCAUCUACAGCCACGAGUCGCCAACUUGGUACAGCAAUGCAAAAUUCGGAAUUUUCAUUCAUUGGGGAGUCUACUCGGUUCCUGGAUGGGGCAAUAAAGGAUCGAAAGAGAAUUACGCGGAGUGGUACUGGUGGACUAUGAACUCGGGGCCUCUUGACAAGACCAAUACCUAUGGCUACCAUCUCGAUAAAUACGGAGCGGAAUUCGUUUAUGACGAUUUCAUUGGUGAUUUCUCGGCCUCGGCCUGGGAUCCAAAGGAGUGGGUGGACUUGUUCGCCGACGCGGGUGCGAAAUACUUUGUUCUGACGAGCAAGCACCAUGAUGGGUAUGCUUUGUUUGACCUCCCAGCUAAUGUGUCUACGAGGACCUCUGUUGCCCUCUCGCCACAUCGAAACAUAGUACAAGAACUAUUUGAUGCUUCCAAAAAGUACCAGCCUCAAAUGCAUCGUUCCGUAUACUACUCAUUGCCUGAAUGGUUCCAUCCGGACUAUGCGCAGUAUGGAUUCGGGGAUUGGCCUGGAGGAAAUGCUACAAACCCAUACACCAACAAGACCUUACCAUACACGGGCUAUGUGCCAUUGUCAGACUACGUUGAGGAGAAGGUCCUAGUCGAAAUGAACAUAUUGGCGGACAUGGGAACCGAAAUCAUGUGGUGUGACAUCGGCGGCAAAAACAAAACCACCGAUUUUGCAGCAGCAUGGUACAACAAGGCAGCGGAAGAAAAUCGCCAAGUCGUCAUGAAUGCCCGGUGUGGCUUGCCCGGAGAUUUCGACACACCCGAGUACGCCAAGUAUAGCGGGGUCCAGAGACGCAAGUGGGAGACUAGUCAGGGAAUGGAUCCAUACAGCUAUGGAUUCAACCGGGCGACGCCAGCUGCUAGCUACAUGAACGCAAGCUCAAUCGUCACUGGACUGAUUGAUAUCGUUUCGAAGAACGGGAACUUCCUCCUUGACAUUGGACCCAUGGCAAACGGGACCAUAGUUGAUGUGGAGAAGCAGCAUCUCCGAGAAGCCGGGUCAUGGAUCAAAGAUCACGCAGAGGCUAUCUUCAAUACGACGUAUUGGUUUGUGACACCCGAGGAAGGGGAAUUUGUCCGCUUUACAAAGUCCCACGACGCAUUCUACAUUCACUGCCUGACCACACCAAAUGAGACCUUGGCUCUAUCCAGUCCUAUUCCGUGGAUGAAAAAUGAUCAAGUUCGUGUAGUGGGUGGGGAAUUGGAUGGCACGGUUGUUCCGUCGAAAAGGACUGAGAAUGGGACGUUGGUAUUGUCAUUGAGUGAUGACAUUGUGAGAGCAGAUCAUUUUGCCUGGGUAUUCAAGAUCAUUUACUGA